AUGGCCACCUCCCAAGCACUUGAGCCGCAGACCGUUACAGACUACCUUCUCAAGAGGGGAUUCAACCGUACAGAAGAAAUAUUCCGUCAAGAGUCGAAGCACCUGGGCCCCGAUGGAAAGCCUCUCCAGCAGCUUGCCAACCUCGGACCCAAGAAGUACACCAAGGCCUUCAACCUCCUGCACGGCUGGGUCGAGAACAACUUGGACAUAUACAAGUUUGAACUCUCGAAACUCCUGUGGCCCAUCUUUGUAUAUUCAUUCCUCGAGCUCGUCGUCAACGGCUACGGAGAGGAUGCGAAGGCCUUCCUGAGAGAUCUCGGCCCGCGCUUCGAGGCCGGCCACCGGGACGACCUCCAGAUCUUCUCUACCGUCACGCUCCCCCAGCAUGUUGAGGACAACAACAUCACCAGGCUCUACAUUCACAACAAGUACCGCGUGCCGCUGAAUCAGCACGCCACCAGCGAUCUCUUCAACUUCCUGGAACGCGAGACCGAUCAGGGUGGCUCCGUCAUCCGCCAACUCCUCGUCGCACACUGCCAGAUCGACGCCACGUCUCGCGGCCCCAUCACGCCCUUCAGCUUCGAGGCGGUGUACCACAAGUCCAAGAACUUGGAGCUCGACGAAGCAGACGCCAAUGAGGGCAUUCCCGGCGUAAACAUCGGCCUGUCCAACAAGGAGAUCAUGGACCCGGCCGCACCCCUCACUCUGGGUCCGCUACCCAUGGAUCCCGACCUGAAAGAAGACGUGCGCGCCGAGAUUGAGGAGAUCGAGGCCCGGAGCCCCCCACCCGAAGGCCGUCCGAGCUUGAUUGAUGAUUUUGUUCAGAAGAUUAAGCGCGAGGAGAGUGCCGACGUUCCCAGCCGUUCCGACCUCCCCUUGCCGCCCUCGCGACCUCGCGACAUCAUGCUGGAGAUGUCCAAACUCAGGGAGAACCGAGACCGGUUCAGAAUUGAGGGCCGCACCGGCGGUGUUGGGAUUCCCGUCAGCUCGUGCAUGUUCACCUUCCACAAUACCCUGGGAACCGUAUCGAGCAUGGACUUCUCAGAAGACGGUGUCAUGGCUGCCGUCGGCACAUCCGAGUCGUACAUUCGCGUCUGGUCUCUGGACGGCAAAGCUCUGCCAUCCAAGAACCCGCAUGACAGAGACCAGAAAUACAACAGCAGAAAGCUCAUCGGCCACUCGGCUCCCGUUUACGACGUCCACUUCUCCGACUCGGCGCCUGGGGAGCCGCAGAAGCUAUUUGGCGAAGAGGGCCGUUCCAACCCGGCGCUCGACACCCGCGCAAAGCUCCUGCUAUCGUGCUCGGCUGACGGACAGAUACGGCUGUGGUCCCUAGAGUCGUGGACAUGUCUCUGCCUGUACAAGUCGCACGACGGUCCCGUGUUCCGCUCCCUCUGGAGCCCCCACGGGCACUACUUCCUGACGGGCGGCUACGACAAGGCCGUGCGGGUGUGGAUGCAGGACCACGCCUCGCCGGUCAGGCUGCUGGUGGGCCACGAUACAGCCAUCUCGGCCCUGACGUGGCACUCUAACGGACUCUAUGUGUUCUCGGCCUCGGACGAGACGGACAAGUCGAUCCGCAUGUGGUCGGUGACGACGGGGUCGUGUGUCCGCGUCUUCACCGGCCACACCGACUACAUCAGUGCCCUCGAGUGCUCCCCCAAUGGCAGGAUCCUGGCCAGCGCCGACGCGGCGGGGAACAUCAUGUUCUGGGACAUCGAGAAGGGUACGCGCAUGAAGCGCUCCAGAGGCCACGGCAAGGGCGGCGUCUGGUCUCUCAGCUUCAGCCAGGAAUCCAACGUGCUCGCCUCGGGCGGGCAGGACGGCACAGUCAGGCUGUGGGACGUCGAGCUCCCCGCUGACCCGCAAAAGGCCGCGCAGCAGGUCGGUCUGCUCGACGCUUCCACCGGUACCGGCGCCCUGCCGCCAGGCACAGACCCUGCGGCUGCCAGUGCCGCCGGUGCCGCCGGUGCCGCCGGUGGCGACGGCAUACGAACGGGCACAAACGCUGCUGGACAGCCGUCCACCGCUGGCGGCACGGGUACGGGCACGCACAAGAAGAAGGGCAAGGAGGUCAUGAUUACCCCCGACCAGAUCAGCGCUUUCCCCACCAAGAAGACGCCCGUCAUGAAGGUCAAAUUCACGAGGAUGAAUCUUUCGCCCUGGGCGGACACCAAGAAGCCAGAGGGUCAGGAAGACUCCAAGCCGUCUACCGCUCCCGACGCAUCAUCGAGCGCCGCCGCAUCCGUGACUUCACCUGCCACGGCAUCGACGCCCCGUCCAUCCCGCGGACCUCGUCGCCUGGUGGCCCAGCCUACGCGUCUCGAAGCCGUCGAUGAUCCCCUCGGUCCGCUGGGAGCUGCCGCCUCUGCACCUGCAGCAGGCACGCACGACGACGACGACGACGUGCUGGGUGGCGCAGGUGCAGGUGCAGGUGUAGGCGAUGACGGGUCGAAGCCGCCUGUUCCUCCCCUCAAGGAGGUUGUGAUGAGGACCACCAUGUCUGGCGGAGCGCAGCCGAGGAGGGGCCCGCACAGUACCUUUGGUGACGACGAGGACGAGAUCGCCAUCGGCGGCGGCGGCGCCGGAGGUGCACGCGCCCCUCCGCCCGUCGAUGCUGCCGGACCUAGUGGUGUGCUGAGCAGCACGCAGCCUAGCGUCAGCGUCGAGCAGGCUGCUAAGCCGAGCUUCCAUAUCUCGGUGGGGGAUCCAGUCAAGAUUGGGGACUUGACCAGUUCGCACAUUGUCUACAGUGUUCGGACUCGGACGACUUCCAAGGCCUACAAGCAGCGCGAAUUCGAGGUCAAGAGGCGAUACCGCGACUUCCUCUGGCUGUACACGACUCUGCACUCCAACAACCCUGGGUGCGUGGUGCCUCCGCCGCCGGAGAAGCAGGCGGUGGGACGGUUCGACAGCAACUUUGUGGAGACGCGGCGGGCGGCGCUGGAGAAGAUGCUGAACAAGACGGCGUCGCACCCGACGCUGCAGCAUGACGCGGACCUGAAGCUCUUCCUGGAGAGCGACUCCUUCAACGUGGACGUCAAGCACAAGGAGCGCCGGGACCCGCUGCCGGCCGAGAGCAAGGGCGUGCUGGGGUCGCUGGGCAUCAACGUCGGCGGCGGCAACAAGUUCGUCGAGCAGGAUGACUGGUUCCACGACCGCAAGGUGUACCUCGACGCGUUGGAGAGCCAGCUCAAGGGCAUCCUCAAGGCCAUGGACACCAUGGUCGGCCAGCGCAAGAUGAUGGCCGAGGCGGCGGGCGACUUCUCGGCCUCGCUGCACGCCCUCUCCACCGUCGAGCUGUCCCCCUCCCUCUCGGGCCCGCUCGACGCCCUCUCGGACCUGCAGCUGAUGAUCCGGGACGUCUACGACCGUCAGGCCCAGCAGGACAUGCUCACCUUCGGCAUCAUCAUCGAGGAGUACAUCCGCCUCAUCGGCUCCGUCAAGCAGGCCUUCUCCCAGCGCCAGAAGGGCUUCCACGCCUGGCACAGCGCCGAGGCCGACAUGAUCAAGCGCAAGGCCGCCCAGGACAAGCUGCUCCGCCAGGGGAAAAGCCAGCAGGACCGCCUGAACCAGGCCAGCGCCGAGGUCGCCGAGGCGGAGAGGAAGGUCCACCAGGCUCGUCUGCUGUUUGACGGCAUGGGACGGUCCAUGAGGACGGAGCUAGACCGCUUCGAGAAGGAGAAGCUCAUCGAAAAAUGGGAAACGUUCCUCAUGCAACUCGAUGCCGAGGAUGACGAGUCCGUCUUUUACAAACCACCCGUGUAUCAAGCCGAUCAAGCCAAGGCUCCAGGGGACACGGCCACGACAGAGGACCGGGAGGGCCAGCAGCCCACGGCCGUGGUCGACCCUCUACUGCCUCUCCCGGACCGAUUCCGCACGGCCAUGCGCCUCCUGACGCACCCGGUCCUGGUGCUGACGGCGCACGACGGCGCGGCGCCGCGCGCGAUGACCAUGUCGUCCUUCACGACGCUGUCCGUGGCGCCGCCCACGCCGCUGGUGACGUUCAACAUCGCUACGCCCAGCCAGACGCUGGACGCCAUCGUCGGCGACCCGGACGGCCACUUCAACCUGCACCUGCUGGCGGCGGACGGGCGGGGCGCCAGGGUGGCCGACCACUUCACCAGGGGCAACAGCGUGGCCGGGCUGUUUGACGGCAUCGAGCACGCCGCCGGCACGGGGGGCGGGGACGACGGCAGGGCGCCCGUGCUGCUGGGCGGAGGGGUGCUUCACGUCCUCAGGUGCCGGCUCGCCAGCCGCGACGCGCCGUCCGGCGGCCUGGUGCCGGUCAGGGACCACGUCAUCGUCGUGGCCGAGGUGGUCGACAUGGUGGCCGGCAAAGCAGGCGACGGCUUCGCACUGGCACACAAAUCCAUCAUUGCCUACCUUUCUGCAAACAAUCUACCAAAUGCCGCCGCAUCUCUUCGCACAGAACUCAACCUAACCGAGGAGACCUUUGACUCGGCCACGUCAAAAAAGUAUGAGUCGCUACUCGAGAAGAAGUGGACAAGUGUGGUGCGGUUGCAGAAAAAGUCGGAGAUGGACAGCCUGACACCCUCCUCCCUGUCCAAGAAGAACAAGGACCCGGCCUCGUGGCUACCGCGACCGCCGCCCCGCCACGUGCUCGAGUCGCACCGCAACGCCGUCAACUGCGUGGCCUUCCACCCCGUCUUCUCGUCGGUGGCGACGGGGUCCGACGACUACACCAUCAAGAUCUGGGACUGGGAGGAGGGCGAGCUGGAGCGCACCAUCAAGGGCCACACGCGGGCCGUGCUGGACGUGGACUUUGGCGGCCCCCGGGGGGGCACCCUCCUGGCCUCGUGCAGCUCCGACCUCAAGAUCAAGCUGUGGGACCCGGCCAACGACUACCAGAACACCCGCACGCUGCCGGGGCACGACCACAGCGUCAGCGCCGUGCGCUUCAUCCCCUCGUCGGGCAACCUGCUCGUCAGCGCCAGCCGCGACAGGACCCUCAAGAUCUGGGACGUGACGACGGGGUACUGCGUGCGCACGCUCGAGGGCCACGCCGGGUGGGUGCGCGACGUGUCGCCCUCGUCCGACGGCCGAUUCCUCUUCUCCACCGGCGACGACCAGACCGGCCGCCUGUGGGACAUAUCGUCCCAGACGCCCGAGACGAAGGCCACCAUGAUCGGCCACGAGCACUUCAACGAGUGCUGCGCCGUCGCGCCGCCCACGUCGUACCAGUACCUCGCACCGCUCGCCGGGCUCAAGAAGCCCCCCCCGGCCACGAGCGCCGCCGAGUUCAUGGCCACCGGAUCCCGCGACAAGACCAUCAAGCUCUGGGACGCCCGCGGGUCGUGCCUCAAGACCCUGGCCGGCCACGACAACUGGGUCCGCGCCCUCGUCUUCCACCCCGGCGGGAAGUACCUCAUCUCCGUGUCGGACGACAAGUCGGUGCGCUGCUGGGACCUCAGCCAGGAGGGCAAGUGCGUCAAGGUCAUUGCCGACUCGCACGAGCACUUCAUCGCCUCGGUCCGAUGGGCCCCCUCCGUCUCCAGAGCCCCUGCCGUCACCGAUGGGGCGACGAAUGGGAACGGCAUCAACGGCACACCGACCAAGGCGGCUGCUGCCGCCGCCGCCGCCGCCUCGGAUUGGGUGAAGUAA